GAUUUAGUAAAAAUAUUAAAAAUUUAUUUUCUAAAACAAAACGAAAUGUCCAAGUCGAACGCCGAUUUUAGUGCGUUCGACUUUAAUGACAGUUCCGAUAAUUCCGAUAUACAAACACGUGGUCCCUACCUAAGUCGUGCCAGUCUUAGCAAUAAUUCCUUAGUAAACAAUAACACCAAUAACUCAGCCAGCUCCUCGUCCAGUAACAAUGGCAACUCAAAUGAUUCACAGAAUCUUAACAAUGUGGGCGGUACAAAUGAUGAGCACGGCAUUGCCGGUGGCUCACAAAUUGAUACCGAUAUCCGUGAACAUGAUGGCGACAUUAACGGGAACAAUAGUAACGAUGGCAAUUCAACUAUUGGCAAUGGUACGCAUACGAAUGCAAAUAAUACCGAUGGUUUGUUAAUGGGUGCUAUGGGUCCACAUGGUGGCACAAUCAACACAGCAGCCGGAACUGUUAGCAAUGCUAUGGAAUCCAAUAAUAGUAAUUGUGCUGUUGCUGGGUUACUUGAUGGUGCACUCGGUGGCAGUAGUAACAAUUGCAAUAAUGAACUCGUUCGCAGCAGUAGCGCUAGCUUAAGUAACAACAGUACAUCUACCAAUCAUGGUGGAGGCACUGGCGGUGGCCUAGGUGGGGGUGGCGGUGGCGGUAGCAGCUUAUGUAGUGUUGGUGGAGGUUCUGUUGCUGGUUCUACUUCGGCGAGUGAACGUAAAAAAUAUCGACAUCAGAAUUACAGCAAAAAUAUUUAUAUUGGCACAAAAAAUGCAGAAAAAUGGGAACACACACGUUCACGUUUGCAGUUCAAAAACGACGUUGAGUUCGUGGCGUAUCUUUUGAACUUGGCUGAUAAGGAUACCGAACGUUUAGCAAAUCUACCGGCUCUGGCGGAUCAAAAUUCCACCACUAAAAGCUUUGCGAAUAACUUCAAACUUGAACCCAAUCUCAGCGCCAAAGAGUUUAACACUAGCCAAGCAGAAAAUGGAGAUUCACAGCCCACACGUAAAAAAUCCAAGAAACGUGUACAAUUCAGCGAUGCACUAAAUGGCUUCCCUAAAAUGAAGGAUUUUUCAAAUUUCGCUAUGAAAGCAAAGAAACAUGACCAGAAAAUGAAAAACGUUGGCAGUAAUGGCGACUUACUACCGGAAGUACUGGACUGCCGCAUAGCUGAAAAAAUAAAAAGCGAACUUGAAGAAAAAUCUGCAUCAAAAGAAUCACUACCAAAUGCGCUAUGCCUAAAGAAAGGUGAUGAACAGAGCGAUGAGGAAGACGACGAUGACGAGAACACUAAUGCUGGCGCAUCGACCAUUACAGAUGCAGUCGAUGGCAUAAAUGGUCAAAACAGUAAUUUCCGUAUGCGUAUCAAAAAUAAGAAAAAUAGCAAAGGCAUGGCACCACCCAAUAGUUACAAUAAUCUGAACGCGAAUCCAGAAGAUGAUGAAGAUGAAGGCGAAGACAGUGAGUGCGAUGAUGAUGAUGAGGAAAUGGAUGAAGAAGCAAUGGCCCGUGAAAUGAAAAAUGAACAAAACUUUGUUGAAGAAGAAGAUGAACAUGACAUUGCUUUCCGUUCGCAUCAAUCGUGUCGUGAAUGCUCCAUCACACACGACCAAAAAAUGUGUCCGCUGCGUAAUGCUAUGAGCACAAUAACAGAUGCAGUAGACUUAGCCGAGUGGAUUGAACGUAAAAAUUUGGAAGCAUUGGCCAAACUGAAAGCAGAUGCACAUAGACAUGCGAAACAAGAUCACGAUGAUGAUGAGGACAUGGAUGAGACUUCUCAAAUGUCGGAAUUGGAAACAAAGCCAUUAAUAACAUUUGCCGAAGCUUCUGUGCCAGCAGAAUUUGAGUUGCAUAAUGUGGAACCAAAUGUAACCGGGGUAUUUGUGCGUAGUGAGGUAAGAGCAUUUACAAAACUAGGUCCGCUAAUUGGUCAAAAGGUGGAAACGACUGAGGUACGUGAAGGCAGUGAUAUGAAGUGGAUAUUUGAAAUAUGUGAAGCUGGCGCAGAAAAAUCGCAAUUGUUGAGUUGUGAAAAUCCGAACACGUCAAAUUGGUUGCGUUACAUACGACCAGCGCCCACCUAUGAUGAACGCAACGUCAAUCUGGUUUCCAUUGAGCGACAAGCAUAUUUUGUUACAUGUACAGAGGUUAAGAAUGGCAUGGAGUUACUUUACUGGAGUGAUGAGUGUAACACAAUGUGGCGAAAAAAGCACACGGAAAAGAUAAAUUGUGGCGGUUGCAAUUUGAAAUUUGACCAUCCACUUUAUUAUCGUACACACUGCUCCGUGUUUCAUGAUCCUUCAAUGAGCCUAACCAUACGCAAAUAUCAUUGUAAGGUAUGUGGCGAGGCAGUGCUGGGCAAGGAUAACAUUACCAAGCAUGCGGCGGAAAAGCAUGAUGGAAAGGGUGCAUAUCAGUGCCAGUUUUGCAACAAGUUCUUCUUGCGUCUCAACUACCUUGAAAUGCACCGCACAUACGGUUGUGCCGCAAAUCCAAAUCGGGCACGUCCGUUGUGUGAUUUUUGUGGUCGCAAAUUUUGCCAACCACAGAAAUUGAAAGCUCACAUUAAACGAAUGCACAGUGGAUCACGUGCAGCACUGCAACGGCAUUCGAAGGAGGUCCAUAGUCGGAAUUCCACUGUAGUCAGUUGUCCAAGAUGUCAGAAGCUUUUCCAGAAUCGAAGUAACCUUAAGAUACAUAUGUUAACUCAUUCUGGUGUGAGGCCCUUCAAAUGUGCGGAACAGGAGUGUAAUGCUGCUUUUACAACCAAACAGUGUCUACAGUUCCAUUAUAAGAAGGUACACAAUUAUACACAGGAACAAAUGCCGAAGAUUGAACGCAGUGUUGCCUACACCUUUGAUGCAUAUUCCGGUGGCAUGAAAGUAGACUUUCUCGAACAAGCACCACGACGACGCCGAAAGAGCUUGGAGGAUCAAAAUUCUAUACUUAGUUCUAGUAUACAAAGUGAUACCGAAUUUUCAGAUGAUAAUAUAUUUGAAGCCAUCAAAAAGUCUGGUAAAUCCAUUAAAGACUUAUGUCGAAAUGAACCUAAUCUGUCGUUGCUGAGUUCCAAAAUUUCCAGCAUGUUUGGUGAAAAAGUCGCAGGUACAAGAAAACGCAAGAAAAAGAAAGAACAAACUUCAGCGUUACUGACUGAAGACGAUGAAGAAGAUGAACGCUUAGAUCAGGUGAGAAGAAAACAGAACGCACAACUCAGUCUCGUAGAAUCAUUUUUAACAACAACCGCACAACGUCUGACCGCACAGCAACAAGUACAGCAAGUUGUAGCAGCUGCAGCGGCUGUAUCUGCAAUGGCUGGUAAUAAUGCAGACGAUCCUAAUAAGAUGCACAUGAUGACAGGUCUUAAUCCCCAACAUAUGGUGAACAUGGGACAUGGCUCAUCUAUGGUAAAUGAUGAUGAAGAAGAUGAUGAAGAUGACGAGGAUGAUGUGCCAAGUCAUCAUCACGUAGGUCAACAAGGACUUCAUGACAAUAAUAGUUAUCGUCAUCAUGCUAACAUGAAUCCAUUAGGACAAAAUUUGGUUGUGAGUAAGGGUAGUAAAAAGUGGAUAAGCGGUGAUGAUAGACAUAUGAGUCGAGACUGUAAUUCAGUUGAUCGCUGUGGUAUGGGAAAUAAUGAUGUGUGCGGACCUAGCAUGAAUAAUAAUCAGUCUUCUUGUGGUAUGUCUGGAGUUGGUGGUCCUAACGAUAUGGGUAUACCUGGAUUUUCAGUACCACCCGGCGCUGUUGAUGAUCCAAGUAAGCUUAUUGGACAGAAUCGUGACUUUUUAGCGCGUUUAAUGAACUCUGCCAAUGCCAAUCACACGCAUCAUAAUACUGCCAAUCGAGAAGAAGAUGAAAAUUCUUCAUUUCUAGAUGUAGUAGAAUCAAAUAACACAGGUGUGGGUGGUCAGAUGUCGCAAUAUCAUCAUGCUGGCACAAAUAAUGCAACGAAUGUAAGCAGUGGAGCAAAUGUUGUUAAUGGUGUGGGCGCGAACUCAGCUGGAGCAACUGGUAAUGCUGGAAAUCAGGGUGAAAGUACGCAAAUGCAAAUUAAUUCGCUUACGCAUCCACAAUCGUUUAUGAGUUCUUUCUACAACAAUGCAAAUGCAAGACUGACUGGAUCCGGCUCAAAUGCAUCCACAUCUGCAAGUAUGUUAGUUGAGGCAGCAUUAAAUUCUGUUGGUAAUAUGAUUGAUAAUGAAAGUAACGAACUUAAGGUUCCCACCGAUAGUAAUAUAAACACAGAUAGCCCAAUGAGUUCACACGUAGAUUCAGAAUCAAAUCGAUUUAAUAGUUCUACCAACAAUCCAAUAAAUAGCAUGGAAAACUUAGAAAAUGAAUUAAAAAUGAUGAAAAAUCUUAGUAACUUCCCAAUGCAAAUACCACCACUGCCAAUGUUUCCAAAUUCUGGCAACAGUAUGAAUUCCUGCAACAUAUCACCAAAUGCAUCGACACCCACAAACCCGCAAAGUAAUCAAAAUAACGAGGCUGAUGUGGAUCCAAGUUCAACUCCUCGUCCUCAACAUAUGGGUGGCGCACCAGAUUCUGAUGGCUUUUCUUCCACACAUCAUCGAACACCGCCAACACCACAACCCAUAUCACCGGGCAGAGAUUAUGGCAUCUUUGGUACUGGUGGAUCUAAUGGAACCCCUGGUGGCCCUGGUACUGCGGGCAGUACUAGUAGUGGCAACAGUGGCGCCGGCAGCACUACAAAUAACAUAUCAGCUUCAUCUCCUUUACCAAAUAUGCAAUCUCAAAGACGAACUGCUUCUAGCGUGGGAAGCGUAUAUCCAGAACAUGAGCUAAUAUCACCAGCGUCUUCGCCUUCAAUACCUCGCUAUAAUUUUAAUGGUGAUAUGUUACGACAUAAACGCGCAGAGCAAGAUAAUGAUAGGCGUCAAAGUCUGACCGGACAUAAUCACCUCUCCAGUGAUGAUGAAAAUAGUAUUAUACCGCAAAACAGCUCUGGUCAGGAUAUGCGUAUGAAAUUUUCUCAAUCUCAAGUGGACUUAAUGUAUACGAAAUACGAAAAUAUGGCUAAUGCUAGUAGUCUUAAGUACAAUAAUCAAGAUUUAGAUUCCCCUGCCGAAUUUCGUAGUAGUAAUAGUUCUGCAGGCGUUGGCUCAGCAACAGCUAAUGAAAUGUCAGACCUUCAAGGGUUAGAUAUGUCAUCACGUUCAAAUAUUGGUUCCACAAAUUAUCAUCACAAUUUUCAACUACCAAGUAGUGCUAGCUCGAACAUACCUGGCAUUGGUCGUUACCAUCAUCACAUAUAUGAUAUUCUAUCCGAACGAGAACAAAACCAACAAUCCCAAACACAACAACAACACCAUUCAUCUGCCACUGCUGCUCAACAUCAACAGCAAGAGCAUAGUAGUCAGCUGGUAAUGCAACAACAUCAGAGUUCAAUGCAUAAUAUGUUGCCAGAGCAAUUAAGUGAACAAGAACAUGAUCAAGCCACAUCUGUUGACUUAAGUCGUACCGCAAACUAUGUGGUGCCAUCACCGCCGCAAUUACCCUAUAAUCAUCCUCAUCAUGAUAUGCUGCGUAUGGCCUCACUAGAUUUAACACCGAAUACGAAUAUGAGUGUUGGUAAUAAUCGCUCUUUCCUCUCAUCACAAAUGCAGCAUCAGAGUCGUGAAAGUUUAGAACACCAUAGAUUAUUAUCAACAGUUGAACAACAUCGUAUAUUAGCAGCAUCGAAUGCUGCUGCUGCUGAUCAACAUCGUCUAUUAGUUGAUCCCACCGCACAUUUAUUAAUGGAACAAAACAAUCGUUUGUUGAGUUCCGAUCAGUCACGUUUACUGGGUGAAUCGGCACAAAAUAGGCAUAUGGCACGUGGCUUUGGUGCUUAUCAUCAGGUUGCUUCUGGUAACUAUCAUCCGGGUGUAAGACCACCAGUGCUGCCAACUGCUAAUCAUCAUGCAUCAAAUCCAUCAAAUUAUCAUCCAUUUCCAGCGUACUACUAA